UUCAUCUGUUACUGCUUUCUGGCAAGAGAAAGAACAACUCCUUGCUCAUUAUAUAUCUAUAUAUUCCUCUCCUAAGCUCAACAAGGGUAACCCAGUUGAGGUUUUUCUGCUCUACUUUUAAACAAUAUCAAAAGGCCAAUAUGGCGUCUGGAGGAUCAAAAUCAGUAGCCUUCAUCCUCCUAAUCGUCAAUGUUAUUUUAUAUUUCAUUGUGACUGCGGUUGCUGCAUGGGCGGUGAAUCAUGGGAUUCAAAGGGCUCGCGAGACAGCAUCCGUUUUACAAAUUCCUGCUCGGAUAUUUCCAAUAUAUCUCCCAGUAGGAAACAUGGCGACCGGUUUCUUUGUCAUUUUCUCGCUCAUUGCCGGUGUUGUGGGCAUGGCCACCUCCCUUACUGGACUCAAUCAUGUUGCCAAAUGGGAUGCACCCAACUUACACACAGCGGCCGCCACUUCUCUCUUAACUUGGUCACUCACUCUUCUAGCCAUGGGAUUGGCAUGUAAAGAGAUUGAACUUGGCUGGACAGAUUCACACUUGAGGACUCUAGAAGUCAUCACCAUUGUGGUGACUGCAACACAACUCUUUUGCACGGGUGCUAUCCACGCUGGGGUUGAAGAAAUUGCACGACGUCAUAGAAGCCUGAUUGGGAGAGUUUGAGCUCCAGGGUGCUGCACUGCUUAUCUGUUGAUUGCUUUUCAGACAUGUACAUAUCUCCAUGACUGAGGAUUGAUUGGAUUGUGAAUGAUUUCGGUUUUUUUUUUUUUUUGGGUUUUAAAAUGAAAGUUUCAAGUGCUGGUUGUAAGUCCAUUGUGUUGAUCUUAAUUGGACCAUUUGGAGUGUGAUAUCAAUAUGAUUGAACAAAAGGAGGCUUAUCCCAUGGCAUUCUGUCAUUUAGUGAAGAAAAUUAAUUUGUUGGCUCUUGGCAAUAUUUAUUUGCAUAAUAAAGCUUUAUUUCACGUUGGAUCGUAGAAAA